AUGGUAGAUGUACAGGACGACAUGGUCCAUCGGUUGAAGCCGGCGGUGUUAAUGGUGGCGUCUCAGAUAGCUUUUGCCGGCCUUCUUGUGCUGUACAAGCUCGCCGUCAAUGAUGGCAUGAACUUGAGAGUCAUUAUUGCUUACCGCUUUAUCUUCGCUACCCUUUUCAUUGCUCCUCUUGCCUUCAUUCUCGAAAGGAACAAGAGACCAAAGAUGACUUGGACCAUACUCUUUCACGCAUUUCUAUGUGGGUUAUUUGGAGGAGUAUUGUCACAAAACUUGCACUUGGAAGCACUGGCUUUAGAGUCGGCAACAUUUGCGUCGGCCGUGAGCAAUCUUGUUCCUGCCAUAACCUUUAUCAUGGCCGUCUCUUUCAGAUUGGAAAGACUGAAUUUGAGAACAGCAGCAGGAAAGGCCAAGAUCAUUGGGACAAUAAUAGGAAUAAGUGGGGCUAUGAUUCUGACAUUGUUCAAAGGGAAAGAAAUAAACACUGGCUUCUUUCAUAUCACCCUCUUGCAUCACCAUAAACGACACGUGUCAUCAUCACACUCUUCUAGUGGCAAAUCCCUCUUAGGUGCUCUUUGUGGCCUGGGAAGCUGCUUUACUUAUGCUUUGUGGAUCAUCAUUCAGACAAAGAUGAGUGAGAGUUACCCAUGUCAUUACUCAAGCACAGCUUUGAUGAGUUUGAUGGGGUCACUCUUAUCUAUUGCCUCUGCUCUUUGCCUUGAGAGGGAUUGGACUCAAUGGAAGUUGGGUUGGAAUAUCAGGCUCCUCACAGCAGCUUAUGCGGGAGUCGUGGUUUCUGGAAUAAUGGUGGCGGUAACUACAUGGUGUGUGCAUAUGAGAGGCCCUCUCUAUGUCUCUACCUUUGGCCCUCUUUUGCUUGUUUUGAUGGCCUUCCCUGGCUCUUUCAUGUUAGACGAGAAGCUACAUCUUGGAAGCAUAAUAGGAGGGGUGAUGGUAAUAUGUGGACUAUAUGUGGUUCUAUGGGGAAAAGACAAAGAGAUGAAGAAGAUGAAUCAUCAACUUAUUGUUUCAUCAGAAAGCCUUCAUGAUGAACUCAAAGUCACCAGAUCUCCUGCAGAAGACAAAAUCUGCCCUUAUAAUGAUGUUGAAGUUUUUAGGGAUCGUGAUCAUCCGACAGAAAAUGCUAGUGAAGUAGUGCAUGAUUAA